CUAGAUUCUCGGCCAAGACUAAGCACAGCCUGGCUGUGCCGUUCAAGUUUUAACCCAGGACCUGUUUAAGUCUCAGCUUCUCAUUUGCAAAAUGAAGACUGUAAUAAUACUUCAUAAAAGGAGGAUUAUAAUGAAGUAAAGUGCUGCAUGCAGGUCCAGUGUGAGUGAACUGGAGGCAUCUCUGCAACAUGACCCACAGGGAUAAUGCAGGUCCUGUUUACAGCCUGCACUCUGUGAUUCUCCUGGUAGCCCUGAGUCCAGAGCUCCUACGCCUGGGAGCCGGAGUACAACUACAAGACAAUGGAUAUGAUGACUUACUUGUUGCAAUUAAUCCUCAGGUUCCUGAGGAUCGCAAUCUCAUUCCAAACAUUAAGGAAAUGAUAACUGAAGCUUCAUUUUACCUAUUCAAUGCCACCAAAAGAAGAGUGUUUUUUAGAAAUAUAAAGAUUUUAAUACCUUCCACAUGGAAAGCUAAUAAUUACAGCAAAGUAAAACAAGAAUCAUAUGAAAAGGCAAAUAUCUUAGUGACUGACUGGUAUGGAGGCCAUGGAGAUGAUCCUUACACCCUACAAUACAGAGGGUGUGGAGAAGAGGGGAAAUACAUUCACUUUACGCCCAACUUCCUACUAAACGAUAACUUAACAGCUGGCUACGGAUCACGAGGCAGAGUGUUUGUCCAUGAGUGGGCUCAUCUGCGUUGGGGUGUGUUUGAUGAAUAUAACAAUGACAAACCUUUCUACAUAGAUGGACAAAAUCAAAUUAAAGCAACAAGGUGUUCAUCUGAUAUCACAGGAAUUUUCGUGUGUGAAAAAGGUCUUUGCCCGCAAGAAAACUGUAUUAUUAGUAAACUUUUCCAGGAAGGAUGCACAUUUAUCUAUGAUAGUGACCAAAAUGCAACUGCAUCAAUCAUGUUCAUGCAAAGCUUGUCUUCUGUGGUUGAAUUCUGUAAUGCAAGUAACCACAACCAAGAAGCUCCAAACCUACAGAAUCAAAUGUGCAGCCUCAGAAGUGCUUGGGAUGUAAUCACAGACUCGGCUGAUUUUAAUCACAGCCUUCCCAUGAAUGGGACUGAGCUUCCACCUCCUCCCAUAUUCUCGCUCAUACAGGCUGGCCUCAAAGUGGUCUGUUUAGUGUUGGAUGUGUCCACCAAGAUGGCGGAGGCUGAUAGACUCCUUCGACUUCAACAAGCGGCUGAAUUUUACCUGAUGGAGAUUGUUGAAAUUCAUACCUUUGUAGGCAUUGUCAGUUUCAAUAGUAAAGGAGAAAUCAGAUCGCAGCUAUACCAAAUAAACAGCGAAGAUGACCGAAAACUGCUAGUUUCAUAUCUGCCCACCACUGUGUCAACUGAAGCAGAAACCAGUGUCUGCUCAGGGCUGAAGAAAGGAUUUGAGGUGGUUGAGAAGUUGAACGGGAAAGCUGACGGCUCUGUAAUGGUGUUAGUGACUGGGGGAGAGGACGAGCAUGUUGGCCACUGCUUACUCACUGUGCUCAGCAGUGGUUCCACUAUCCACUCCAUCGCCAUGGGCCCCUCUGCAGCUGAAAGCCUGGAGGAAUUGUCACAUCUUACGGGAGGUUUAAAGUUCUUCGCUCCAGACCAUCCGAACUCCAAUAGCGUGAUUGACGCUUUUAGUAGAAUUCCCUCUGGAACUGGAGACAUUUUUCAACAACAUCUUCAGCUUGAAAGUAUGGGUGAAAAUGUUAAACCUCACCACCAGCUGAAAAACACUGUGACUGUGGAUAACAGUGUGGGCAAUGACACUAUCUUUCUAGUAACAUGGCAAACCAGUGGUCCCCCUGAGAUUGUAUUACUGGAUCCUAAUGGAAGAAAAUACUACACAAAUAAUUUUAUCACCAAUCUAGCUUUUCAAACUGCUAGCCUUCGGAUUCCAGGAACUGCCACACCUGGGCACUGGACUUACACACUGAACAAUACUCACCAUUCCCUCCAAGCCUUGAAAAUGACAGUGACCUCUCGAGCUUCUAGCUUAGCUCUACCCCCAGCCACUGUGGAAACCUUUGUGGAAAGAGACAGCACCCAUUUUCCCCAUCCUGUAAUGAUUUAUGCAAAUGUGAGAAAGGGGUUUUAUCCCAUUCUUAAUGCCACGGUAACUGCUACGAUUGAGACCAAGACUGGAGAUCCUGUUGUGCUGAAACUUUCUGAUGAUGGAGCAGGUGCUGAUAUUAUAAAAAAUGAUGGAAUUUACUCGAGGUAUUUUUUCUCCUUUGCUGAAAGUGGUAGAUACAACUUGAAAGUCCAUGUCAAUUACCUUCCCAGCAUAAGCACCUCAGCCCACUCUAUUCCAGGGAGUCACGCUAUGCAUGUACCUGGUUACAUAACAAAUGGUAAUAUUCGGAUGAAUGCCCCAAGGAAGUCAGUGGGUCGAAAUGAGGAAAAGCAGAAGUGGGGCUUUAGCCGAGUAAGCUCAGGGGGCUCCUUUUUAGUGCUGGGAGUUCCAACCAGGCCCCAUCCUGACAUGUUUCUACCAUGCAAAAUUACUGACCUGGAAGCUGUCAAAGUGGAAGAGGAGGUGACUCUCUCAUGGACAGCACCUGGAGAAGACUUGGACCAGGGCCAGGCUACAAGCUAUGAAAUAAGAAUGAGUAAGAGUCUACGGAAUAUUCAACGUGACUUUAACAGUGCUAUUUUAGUGAAUACAUCAAAGCUAAAUCCUCAGCUAGCUGGCACCAAGGAGAGGUUUACAUUCUCACCCAAACUUUUCCUACAUGGACCUGAACAUCACCCUGAUGGAGAGACACAAGAAAGCCACAGAGUCUAUGUGGCAAUACGAGCGAUGGAUGAGAAUGCCUUAAAGUCUGCCGUAUCUAACAUUGUCCAGGCAUCUCUGUAUAUUCCCCCAAAUUCCGCUCCUGCACUUGCCAGAGAUUGUCUUAUUUUGAAAGGGGUUUUAACAGCAAUGGGUUUGAUAGGAAUCAUUUGCCUUGUUAUAGUUGCAACACACUGUACUUUAAAUAGGAGAAAAAGAAUGGAGAAGAGAGAGAACGGAACAAAAUUGCUCUGAUCAAAUGUACAGAGCACCCUCCUUAAAUAAAAGACCCAAGGCCUUUACACAUCACAAAAACGUACCAACAAAGUCAAAUGAACAUCAACACUGUCUUAAAGUACAUGGGGUUUUUGUCCUGUACAGAUCAUAUUUUUAUGUGGUAAGUAGACACAAAAUUCUUUUAUAAUACUCACUUAGGUGGGGAGAGGGAUAACAAGACCUUCAGGCUUUGGAGAUGGAAAAAUAAUCAACAUUAUUCUUCAAGGUAAUCUCUUUAAAGGCAAAGUAAGAGCAAAGCUCAACCACAGUCAAGAUCAGUUUUUUGUUGUUGAAGUGGAAAAGUAGCCCUAAGUAGACGAAGGGGUUAGGUCUUACAUAGUGUAAUGCUGAAUGGAACAAUCACUGAGUUCCUUUGAUUUUCAUGUCUCCUUAUCUGUGCAGAACAGGUUGCUUAUUUAUGACGGAUGAUCAGGUUGCGUUUUAUAUAUGAAGUCUCCACUGUAAAGCUCUUUUUUUCUUGCCAUUUGGUUAAAGAUUUUCACAGGUCACACCCUACUACUAAUGUUCAAACAUAUCUUUCUUCACUGUAAAAAUAUGGGAGUUAUCUUUGUCCCUUCUUACUGAUUUUUUUAAACAAAGGGCUAUUAAAUUUAUUGUUUAUGAGUUUCUACUCCCAUCAAAGCAGUUUUCUAAGUUAUUACCUUG